CACCUUGUGCACCUCAAAAUAUAUUACAAGCAACUGUGCCAGUUUCUAGCUCUGAACCCUUGUCUAAUUUAGAUUCACAAUUUCAAGUAGUAAAAGAUCCCAAUGCUAGAAAAUCAAACGA